AUGGACUUGCUCGGAAAUCUCUCCCAAUGUCGGUGUCUGAUCAUCCUCUGCACUCUCUGCUCUUCUUUCCUAUCCGAGAGUCGGCCAGUCAGGAGGUCAGUGAGUGAGAUGCAGCUGAUGCAUGACCUGGGGAGGCUUCUGUAUGACAGUAAGAGACAAGAGCUGAUCAAGGACAUGGUGAGAAAUGUUCACACGGCCAGUGAGAAGGACUUGACCCCCCACCCCGAGCCUCUUGGCCUUAAACAGCCUCGCUCUUGCAACCUUGCGCCCGCAGCUCGAAGACAACAAAACAGGGGGAAGAAGAGGAAAGCAAGGAACAGCUUGAAGGAGAGAACCAAGAACGUGAGUGCGGAUGAUCUCUUGGAAACGGGAACACUGCAAGAUCCCAACAGUCUUCCGAUGGCUUCUCGCUAUAGCAUGUCAUUUCCCCUGGAUUGA